AAGAGGCGGGAUUUCUGUAGGAAUACGGGUGUGAGGAAAGAGAACGUCGCUGACCGCGGACGUUAAAGCGGUUUAGCCGAGUUUAAGCGAAUUUGUGGAACGGAAUAAUGCCCGGUCAGGUUGAUGUUCCGACGCUGUCGGAGUUGAGCGUCGAAGAGUUGAACGUGUCGUCGGCCGUCCUGAAAGCCGCCGCGCAUCACUACGGCUCUCAGUGCGACAAACCCAACAAGGAGUUCAUGCUGUGCAGGUGGGAGGAGAAGGACCCCAGGAAGUGUCUGGAGGAAGGAAGGAAGGUCAACGAGUGCGCACUUAAUUUCUUCAGGCAGAUAAAGGGGAACUGUGCUGAGUCGUUCACCGAGUACUGGACCUGUCUGGACUAUUCGAACCUGGCUGAGCUCCGUCACUGCCGGAAACAGCAGAAGGUGUUCGAUAGCUGUGUGCUGGAGAAGCUCGGCUGGAAUAGACCCGAACUGGGGGAUCUGUCCAAGGUGACCAAGGUGGCGACCUCUCGACCCCUCCCAGAGAACCCAUACCACUCGAGACCGAGGCCCGAGCCCAACCCCGUGAUUGACGCCCCACUCGAACCCGCCAAGCAUGGCAGCCGCCUGUUUUUCUGGAACUGGUGAAGAGACGCUUUGCUUUUCUUUCCUGUCAAUGCUCCUCCUCCCAGACAUUUCCAGAACCAGACAGAUGGACAGUAGCAGAACCGGUGCUUCACCCACAGCAGCAGUCUGCUCUCCUACAUGUAGAAAUGUAUUCAAUAAACACAGUGGCUCAUGUGUUGUGGAUUAAAUAAGUUUCAUUCAAA